UUUGUUGUGUGUGUGAGUACUACACACUUACAUGCUUGUGUCCUUCCUGGGGAAUCAUCUAUCAGCUUUUAUGAAGGGGAAUUGGAGAAAAAACUAAACCCGUUUGUGGCAGACUUUAAAGUAUCUUUUUAACAUUUCCGGCGCCGGCAGCGAUGAUUCUGGCCACCUUGAAAAACGUGGGGAAGCAGCUGCUGCGGGUGAAGGUCGUGGACUGCAGCGCAGACGACUCCCGGCUGUCCCGAUGCCUCAACACCUUCGACCUGGUGGCCCUGGGCGUGGGAAGCACACUGGGCGCCGGCGUCUACGUGCUGGCUGGCGCCGUAGCUCGUGACACCGCCGGGCCCGCCAUCAUCAUCUCAUUCCUCAUCGCCGCCCUGGCGUCGGUCUUGGCCGGCCUGUGCUACGCCGAGUUCGGCGCCCGUGUGCCAAAAACCGGAUCGGCUUACCUCUACAGCUACGUGACGGUGGGAGAGCUGUGGGCUUUUAUCACCGGCUGGAACCUGAUUCUGUCCUAUGUCAUUGGAACUUCAAGUGUGGCGAGGGCGUGGAGUGCAACCUUCGACGAGCUGACUGGAAAGCACAUUCAGGGAUUCUGCAAAGAACACUUGAGUAUGGAGCCCGAAUUCCUGGCGGACUACCCAGACAUCUUUGCUGUCUUCAUCAUACUCCUCCUCACAGGCCUUCUUGCUUUUGGAGUCAAAGAAUCAGCCAUGGUGAACAAGGUAUUCACUUGCAUCAACGUGCUCGUCCUGGUCUUUGUGAUCAUCUCUGGGCUGGUGAAAGGAAACCUGGAAAACUGGCGCCUGAACCCCGACGAGAUCCUGAACGUCACUGGAAACGCCAGCGUUAAUGCUUCAUUUCCCCUCCCUACAAAGAAAGCUCUGGGCGACGGCAGCUUCAUGCCUUUUGGGUGGACGGGAGUCUUCGCCGGUGCUGCCACCUGUUUUUACGCCUUUGUGGGGUUUGACUGCAUCGCCACUACAGGAGAGGAGGUGAAAAAUCCCCAAAGAGCCAUUCCCAUCGGUAUCGUGGCCUCUCUUCUCAUCUGUUUUGUGGCUUACUUCGGCGUUUCGGCUGCUCUCACCGUUAUGAUGCCGUACUACUUGCUGGACGAGGACAGCCCUCUUCCAGUGGCCUUCAAAUAUGUAGGCUGGGAGGGCGCCACUUAUGCAGUAGCCAUUGGCUCUUUAUGCGCUCUGUCGACCAGUUUGUUGGGCUCCAUGUUCCCGAUGCCAAGAGUGAUCUGGGCCAUGGCAGAAGACGGCCUGCUCUUCAAAUGUUUGGCGAAAAUCAACGAGCGUACCAAAACCCCGCUAAUAGCCACAAUAACAUCAGGCAUAGUUGCAGCUGUGAUGGCUUUCCUUUUCAAUUUGAAGGACCUGGUUGACCUCAUGUCUAUUGGCACGUUGCUCGCCUAUACUCUGGUCGCUGCCUGCGUGUUGGUGCUCAGGUACCAACCUGAGCAGCUGAGUGCGGCCUAUGAAAUGGCCAACACCCAGGAUGACGCGGACCUCCCCGGGCCCGACGGCGACGCCAACGCCGACGUCUCGCCUCAGUCGGACGAUACGGCCAGCAUCAGGAAUAUCCUGUCCCCCUCCAACGCCGAGCCGUCUCCCAGGUCCGGUCGUGCCGUCAGCAUCUGCACCAGCGUACUCGGUGUCCUGGUGUGUCUUUUCAGUAUUGUGGCUGUCCAAGGAGGCCUGGCCCCCUGGUCCUUGUCUCUGGGGGCCGUUAUCAUUGUGGCUUCUUUACUGCUCAUCUUCGUUGUAUUCAGGCAGCCUCAGAGCAAAACCAAGCUGGCCUUUAAGGUUCCUUUGUUGCCCUUCAUUCCCGUCGUCAGCAUGUUCGUCAAUGUCUACCUGAUGAUGCAGCUCGAUAAGGGAACCUGGAUACGCUUUGGCAUUUGGAUGCUUAUAGGUUUCUUGAUCUACUUCGGCUAUGGGAUUAGGAACAGCGCAGAGGCGGCGGCGUCCAGGUCCGACGCCUUCGCGCCCGCCUGCUCGAUAAAAGGAGAGCCUAUGACCCCGGAGAAGGAGUCCUUCCUGCUCAGCACAGCGAGCAGCCCCCCAGACGACGAUGACUAAGGGGGGAAAAUGGAAAAAAAAAAGGUUUUUGUCUAUGUCUGAAAGGUCUGCAGAGAUGAUAGCCGCGCGCGCGUCCUCUCGUAUGUCUGCGUGAGGACAGUUUUGCUGACAUAUUUCAGAUGCAGGAUUAGUUAUGGCUCAGAGGUGCAGAGCUGAAUGUUUUUAAUGUUUGUCGUUUACUGUGAAUU